AGCGUCGGGUUGUGUUUGUUUUAGCGCCUCUGCUUCGUCAGGAAGACCCGACAGUUGCUAACAUAAACAGUAAUAAAUUACAUAACUGUGCAUAUAAUUCGCCGUUGUAGACAAAUGUCACUAAAAACACGUCCGGCUGUGUUUGCGUUCUUGAACACACCCCGCUGAGCAUCAUUGUUGAAGGGGAAUAAUGGCCGCACAGGAGCCGUCUCCACCAUCUUCCCUGGAAGGCAACAAACCGGGAUUCCCAAUGAAAAUUCUGGCCAACAAACUAGAAGACAAGCAUUUGUGCAAUUCGUGCCAGAAAAUUCUGAGGAGGCCCUUGCAAGCCCAGUGCGGUCACCGCUUUUGUUCGUUUUGUUUCAACAAAAUUGUGAGUUGUGGCCCACAGGAAUGCAGUGCCUGUAUCAAAGAAGACCUGUUUGAGGAGCCCACUUCUAUUCUCAAGCAAGGUGGUGCUUUUCCGGACAACGCGGCUCGAAGAGAAGUGGAGGCCUUGGCAGCUGUAUGUCCAAAUGAAGGCUGCACGUGGACGGGAACUGUCAAAGAAUUUGAGGCCAGCCAUGAAGACUGCUGCGACUUCACGAUUAUCCUCUGUCCUUCCUGUAAAGAGCUGAUGAGGGCCAACGAACAGGAACGCCACAAUGAGCGAGAAUGUCCAGAGAGGACCCUCAACUGCAAGUACUGCAAAGAACCCUUUCUUUUAAAGAACAUCAAGGCCCAUGAUGAAAUCUGUCCAAAGUACCCAAUGAUUUGCGAAGGCUGUGCCAAAAAAAAGAUUCCCAGGGAAAAGUAUGUGGACCAUAUUAAGUUCUGCAGUAAAUUUAAAGCACCAUGCAGAUUUCAUGUUGUUGGCUGCGAUACAUCUGUGGAAAAAGAGAAGAUCCACGACCAUGAGCGGCAAUGCUCAUAUGAACACCUCAACCUGCUGCUGCAUUUCAUCAUGGGCAUCAAGGUUAGCUUGGAGAGCCUACAGCCGCAGACCUUGGAGGUGGCCAGCCAAAAGCUGCAGGAGCUCCAUCAAUGCCUCAAGGACUUGGAGCUGAAGUUGACCCAGCUGGGUGGUGUUUCAGCUCCCAUGCAAGGUGCUUGUGCCCCAACUCUGGCCACCUCUUUUACCCCGCUGCCCAGCACAGUGGGUGCCGCCUUAGAGCUGCAGCUGCAGAGCGAAAAGACCAAGGUAGCUGAACUAAGUCGGCGCUGCCAGGAACUGGAGCUUAAAGUGAACACCUUUGAAAAUAUAGUUUGUGUCCUAAACCGAGAGAUAGAACGCUCCUGCACCACCAUGGAGGCUUAUAACCGUCAACACCGACUGGAUCAAGAUAAGAUUGAAAUUCUCAACAACAAGGUUCGUCAGCUGGAAAGGACUGUGAGCUUGAGGGACCUGUCCAUCGUGGAGAUGGAGGGGAAAAUGCGGGAGAUGUCUGCAGCCACGUACGAUGGUGUCUUUGUUUGGAAGAUUUCUGAUUUCACCAAGAAGAGGCAGGAUGCUGUGGCUGGCCGUGCCCCUGCUAUGUUUUCUCCUGCCUUUUAUACCAGUAAAUACGGCUACAAGAUGUGCUUGAGGAUCUACCUGAAUGGUGAUGGGACAGGCCGUGGCACCCACUUGUCUCUGUUCUUUGUGGUGAUGAGAGGGCACAGCGACGCACUUCUCAAGUGGCCAUUUAAUCAGAAGGUCACCCUAAUGCUGCUUGACCAGAACAACAGGGAGCACAUAAUCGAUGCCUUCCGGCCCGACAUCUCCUCCUCGUCUUUCCAGAGGCCUGUCAGUGACAUGAACAUUGCCAGUGGCUGCCCGCUCUUCUGUCCGCUCUCCAAGCUGGACUCUAAAAACUCCUACAUACGUGACGAUACCAUCUUCAUCAAAGCCAUUGUAGACCUCAGUGGGCUCUAGGCCCAUUGACACCAGCCUGUUUGAAAUCAACAGGCUUUUGUGUCACCAAUAACUCUUUGGGGUUUAUGUUCUUUUGGUUGUACUAUGGGUUGUUGUUGGCGAUUUACACAAUCACGGUAGAACUUUUUUGGCUGCUUGCCACACUGGCUUUGGGUUUUCUAAUCUUCUCUGGCUAGUGUAGCAUUUUUAUCGAUCAACCAGAAGUUUCAAGUACCAAAGUGGUUGAAAUAAACAGGACAGUAAACACCAGGUGUUAAUUUCACAUCCUGCAUAGAACUGUGUAGAGCAUUUGAAAUGAUAUAAGCAUUACGAGAGUUGGAAUAUCACGCCUGUGAGAGGAUAUGUAAGCAAAUAAGAUGUCUUAAAUCUUCAGUGAUAAUCCAGUGGAUUCUUAUAGAUAACCAUUUUGAUAAAAAAAAACAACACAUUUUCCAUGGGAAAAUACUGUGUUUGAAGGGUUCUCCCCACUGACAUUCCAUGUCCUAUUUUAUCUAAAUUUCACAUAUAGACACUGUUUGCUGUAGUUACAGAGCUGCCUUGUGAUGCAUACAUCUAAAAACAAAGUCCUGCUAAUAGGUGUGGAGAAAAUGAGAGAAAUUCCAAAUGUGCCCAUUACUGAGGACCACAGUUACUCAAAAUAUUAUUAAUAAUAAUAAGAAUUAAAAAGCAAUCAAAAAUCCAUUACAAUACAGAGUUUGUGUUGCCAAGGGUAUUUUUCUAAUAGACCAUUUAUUCAAAUUUUUGUAUGAUUGAUUUUCCCAAUUUCAAAUUCAUCUUUUGUAAAAACAAGCAAACCAACAAAAAAACCCUACAUACUAAUGGAUUUAUGUGCUUUUUUUCUUGAAAAUGAGAAUAAUGAACCUUAUAACACCAACUGCAGCUAUGUAGAUUUUAUAGUCCAACAGAUUAAGCAGAUCAGAGUGGUUCUACCUACUGUUGGCUCAUACUGCCAGAUGUUCUGUUAUCCAUUAUUAAACUUGCUUCUUUUUUUUACACUUACGAAUGUGGAGUUCCAAUAACAGUGUUAUACCCAUGUAGCCUUCAGAAUAUCGCUCAGCUUUGCACACAGUUUGUAGUGCAGUUGGAAUUACGAAGUUGUUUAACGUCUAUGCCUUCAAAUCACCAGUCUUGUGUUUAUUAGUAGUCUUUUGUGGCAGUGGACAUUAUUGCUUGAAUUCCAUGAAUUCUGAGUGCAUUAUUUCUGUUGGGAAUGUUAUUUUUUUCCCCUACAUACGUGUGUCUGUGUGUGCGCGCGCGAGCAUUUAUGAAUGUAUGUUUACAUUUCUUUUUCUUUUUUUUGCUGUUAUUUGAAGUGUUAGAUUGCAUGUUGAAUCUGUGGAAGAUGCACUGUAGUUUGCAACAGAUUCUAGGUAGUUUAUCGAGAAAAGUAACAGUGGCAAUAUUCAACCUGAUAUGCCCAUGUGGAAAUAUGACAUUUUGUUAUAAAUAAAGCAGAUAUUUGCAUAUGUUCUGCUAUAUUCAGUAAAUGUCUUUCAGUAUUGGCUGUUCUUGAAUGUUGAUUUUAAAACAAAGGUACUGUAUUUUCUGAAGUAUAAGUUGCUGCUUUUUUUAAAACUAGUUUGGGAGGUCCUGUGGCUUGUACAUCAGUGUGACUUUCAUACCAAAAAAUCACGCAUUCCAUAAUAAUGAUGAUGAUGAUGAUAAUAACUAUAGGACUUUUCCAUUAGUCAAAACAGUAAUCAUCAUAAAUUCGGUAAUCAAAGAAUAAAUGCCAGUGUUAAAAGUGCAUUACACCAAUGCACAAAAAUCCCAAAUUAAAGCACUGAUUAAAUUAACUGGAUUUAUGUUUUAAUUGCAUUUCCAAUGUUGUGGGGCAGCAAUCUGUGUCAAUCUGACUAUUUAUUUUGUCCAAUCUGUGUUAAAUAACAUCCAGUAUGUUGUCCAAUGCAUGUUUAUUUCUCCAUGUUGCUUAUGUUUGGAAUUUAACAGUCCUUAUGCUAUGUGCCACAAGCUAUGCUGUUCACAGAGCUUUCAGUCUACUUUUCAGUCUACUGUCCAUCUCAUAAUUUAUUCUGUUCAAACCACAGCAAGUAACAUCCAGUAUAUUGUCCCCUUGGCAGGACAGUGGCUUCGUGGUUCAUACUGUUCAUACCUCACAGGGAGAAGCUCCCAGGUUUGCUUCCGACCUGGUUCAUUCCAUCUGGAGUUUGCAUGUUCUCUCCAUGUUUGCAUGGGUUCCCUCCUAGUAACCUGGCUCCCUC